UUAGACUUGAGUAGUAGGAAAGGAGGUGCACAGGCAUGGACAUACAACUACAGCACUGGUCCAAACCAGAACUGGUACGAGGCUCGCAAGUGGUGCCAGAAGUUCUUCACGGAUAUGGUUGCCAUUCAGAACCAAGAGGAGACCAAUUUCCUCAAUGAUCUGCUACCAUUUAAUCCAAAAUAUUACUGGAUAGGGAUUCACAGAGUGGCUGGAUCGUGGACCUCAGUAAACACCAGUCAGAGUGUACCUGAAGAGGCUCAAAACUGGGCAUCAGCAGAGCCAGAUACCAUACCCCGUCAGGACUGUGUGGAGAUAUACAUUAAGAGGGCGAGAGACACAGCCAAGUGGAACAAUGAGAACUGCGAUAAGUUGAAAGGAGCCGUCUGCUACACCGCCUCUUGCAAACACGAGUCUUGUAGUGCUCAUGCAGACUGUGUGGAAAGCAUUGGAAGCCACAUCUGCAAGUGCCAUCCUGGUUUCCGAGGCCUACGCUGUGAAGAGGCGAUCACAUGCAAACCUUUUCCGCAUCCAGAUCAAGGCUCUCACCGCUGUUCUAAUCCCUACGGGUCGAAUCAUUUUAACUCUUCCUGCCAUUUUCUCUGUGAAGUUGGAUUUCGGUUAAUAGGCGCGCCUCGACUGAUUUGCCAAGCCAAUGGGCUCUGGAACCACCCUGUUCCUCUGUGUCAAGUUGCACAGUGUCCCAAUUUGAAAUACACCAACUUCAGUGCGAGUAGCACGAACUGCAGCCACCCCAUUGCAGCCUUCAGCUACAACUCGACCUGCGAGUUCAGUUGUGAUGAAGGCUACGAACUGAUUGGGCAGAACCACAUCAUCUGUGACCACACUGGCCAAUGGACAGCCACUGUUCCAGUAUGUACAGUGAGAAAAUGCUCCCCAGUUUUCCCACCUGCUAUGGGCCACAUGACCUGCGUUGACCCCGUGGAGCCUUUCUCUUAUGGCUCCUGGUGUAACUUCACCUGCAAGGAGGGUUACUCUUUAACUGGGGACAAGGUGCUCAGCUGUCUGACCUUGGGACAAUGGAGCAAGCCUACACCUACAUGUGCAGUGGUACAGUGCAACAGUCUUCAGGCUCCACCUCAUGCCUAUCUGCAAUGCCACGACCCUAUAAACAAGCACAGCUACACCUCAACAUGCACUGUUCAGUGUGAAGAAGGAUUUGAUCUAAUUGGUGCAAAUGUGACAAAAUGUUCUUCACAGGGUAACUGGAGUCAUGCACUUCCUGUUUGCCUGGCUAAGAGAUGUUCUCCAAUUAGUUCUCCUUCUCAUGGCUCCAUAUCAUGUUCUGACCCAAAUGGUUCCUUCAGUUUUGGUUCUCGGUGCACAUCAACAUGUGAUGAGGGCUUUCUGCUGAAUGGGACGUCCAGCACUGAGUGCACCUCCAUGGGCAUGUGGAGUACAGACAUUCCCCCUUGCUUGGCUAAGAAAUGCCCCACACUGAACUCUCCUGCUCACGGAUCCAUAAUUUGCUCUGAUGCUCAUGGAGACUUCAGUUUUGGUUCUCGUUGCACGACAACCUGUGAUGAAGGUUUUAUCUUAAAUGGAACUGCUGUCACUGAGUGCACGGCGAUGAGCAACUGGAGCACAGACGUCCCACAUUGCUUGGCUAGACGGUGUCCCACUCUGAACUCACCCUCUCACGGGUCCUUAGUCUGCUCUAAUCCCCACAGAGAGUACAGUUUUGCUUCUGUGUGCACAUCAACAUGUGCAGAAGGUUUUGUGCUAAAUGGUACAGCUAUCACAGAGUGCACACCUCAAGGCAGGUGGAACAGAGCUGUUCCCCGUUGCUUAGCACGCCGAUGCCCCCUGCUGGCCAAAUCACCACAGCACGGGAGGAUGAACUGUAGCCAUCUGAACUCUCCUUUCAGUUAUGGCUCACAGUGUGACUUUAAAUGCAAUAAAGGUUUCUGGCUGAAAGGAACAUCUUCUAUGAUGUGCAACACCUCAGGCCACUGGAAUCAGGAUCCACCCACCUGUCAACCUGUACAGUGUAAGGCCCUCCGUGCCUUCUCCUCAGACCUGUCUAUGAAUUGCUCUCAUCCUCUGGGGAAUUUCAGCUUUAGCUCUGAAUGCGUUUUCAGCUGUAAAGAUGGAUUCACCCUCAAUGGCACAGCAGUGAUACUUUGCUCUGCCACUGGGAUCUGGAAUGACAGCCUGCCCAGCUGCACAGGUAUGUCGAUAGGGACCACCAUGUUGCUGUACACUGGCGCAGGGGCGGGAAUUGCUGUUGUGAUACUUCUCCUGAUAGGCCUGACUAUGUUGAUCGUGAAACAAUUUAAGAAAACAGGAAAUAUGAUCACUUCUGAUGUCCCGACAUGGGGUGAAAGAGAGAAUCCAGCAUUUGAGUUUUGACCUCGUUCCUUUUUUACUUU